UCUCCUCUUUCCUCUGGGCUUUUGACCCACUCUCACGUGUAGAGUAGGGCCCACUCGCGGUGGGACUUCCACCACCCCCUACACGAAGGAGGAGGAGGAGAAGAUGGCCGCCAUUUUGCAGGAGAUUAAGGAGAAGGAGGAGGCCAAGAAGAAGGCCUUGAAGGAGGAGCAGACGGCCAAACUGAAGAAGAUAGAGGAAGAAAUGGCCAAAGAAAAAGAGAGGUUGAAAAAGGAAGAAGAAGAGAAGUUGAAGGAGGCGGAUGAAGAAGAGGAAGGACCGCCACUACAAAGGAGUAGUAGGCAGCCCAGUAGUAAUACCGGUGAAGACCUAGAGAAUAGGAUAUCUGAAUGGGUUGCCAACCUGAUUGUGGGAGAAGAGGAAGAGGUUAGUAUGUACAUCCCGCAGGAUCAGCAAGAAGCCGCCAUGAAGGCUUGGGAGGCAGAGGAAGACCCUCUGAAACGUCAAGCGUUGGAAGACGAGAAGAGGAUGGAAUGGAAAUUAGCGGUGAUGCGGGAGAAGAAGAGGAGAAUUGACAAGGCAGCGGAGGCGGCAGAGGCCUUAGAGGAAGUGAAGAAUAUAGAGGCGCAAUUAACCGCCCAGCCCGAUCUCCCGAAUCAGAUGCGAGUCAUAGCUCGAAGCGUUGCAUGCCUAGCACGGGUUCAGGCAGACCAAUAUGACUUUAGCAGAAGCCAGGACAUAGCGGUGCGCUCGAUACGGUUGGGUUUUCGAGACUUUGCUCGUGAGCUGGUAGGCGCCGUUGGAGUCGAGGUGGGUCAUCGCCUCGACAAGACUGAGCGGUUAUGUGCCGUCGCCAUUGAAGGCGUCAAGGCGGCAGCUCCCAAGGAGGAGGAAGCACGUCCUCCUCGCCGGGAGCCUGUCAAAGUCAAGAGAUAAGGAAAGGAGAUUGGUUGGCGAGAGAAGGGGGAUUUGACAUUGGUCUUUUGCUGUUGUACGUCUUCUUCUUCUUUUUCUUUCUUUCUUCUUUCUUCUUUCUUCUUUCUUCUUCUUGCUUUGCCUCUUUCUCUUUCAAGUUCUUUCAUAUCUUUUGAAACUGGAUGACAUUGUGUUUCCUUACGUAUUGCACUAAGGAAUUGGCUAGCAUCGUAGCGAAGUUGGCUUUUCAGCUGCGUUCUGCCAGUGUUUACUAGCAAGCCUGAUAUUGUUGUCACUUACAAUGUUUUUUGGUAAUCCAAAGUCCUGAAUCCACUUGUUAGCUAAGUUGUUUGUUCAGCCGCCCGAGCACCCAAGUCAUGUAGGAUACAUACCCGGAUGAGCGGUCGGGCAUAAGCCCCUGGCACAGUUCUAGGCAGUCCCAAUGCAAAAAAAAAAAAAAUCAACAAAUUCCAAAAAAAAGA